AUGUCCAAGGAUAUGUUGACUCCCGAAGUCCUCUGGGCUCAGCGCUCUUCCAAGACGGACGAGGAGAAGAACUUCAUCUACCUGACCAUCACCGUCCCUGAUGUCCCCGCCGGCAACCUGAAGCUGGACCUCAAGCCCACCACCCUCAACUUCCAGGGCCACUCCGACACCCUCAAGCGCACCUAUCACCUCGAGCUGGAGUUCUUUGCCGAGAUCGACCCCGAGAACAGCAAGAUCAACCACACCUCGCGCAAUGUCGAGAUGAAGCUGCGCAAGAAGGAGCUCAAGGAGGAGUACUGGCCCCGCCUGCUCAAGGAGCAAAAGAAGCUGCAGUUCCUCAAGACCGACUUCGACAAGUGGGUCGAUGAGGACGAGCAGAACGAGGCUCCCGAGGAGGACUUCUCCAACUUCGGCGGCAUGGGAGGCAUGCCAGGCAUGGGAGGAAUGGGUGGCGGCGACUUCGGCGGCAUCGACUUCUCCAAGCUUGGCGGCGGCGCUGCCCCAGGCGACGAUGAGGAGGAGGAGGAUGACGACGACGAGAGCGACGAUGACAUGCCUGCUCUCGAGGGUGAGGCCGAGGACAAGGAUGGCAAGAAGGCUGCUGCUUAA